AUGCGUCGUUCAUAUGGCGUUACAGGAGAACCUUUGACUGAAGCCGAACUUCUUUCUAUAUGUCAUGCUCCGCCUGACCAUCCGACGCGCGAACACGGUUUAACCCUACGUCGGUUACGACGUUUAGACGAUCGUAGCGCCAGUCCCUCUCCUGGCCAAACGAGCAGGAGCACCAAACGAGCGAGCUCUAUCAGCAUUCUCAGUGGCCUCGGGGUUCAUGACCCAGAGAAAGCCCUUGAUCCACCUUCUCCCACAUUAGGGAGACUGAGCCCCGCCAUCCAGAACAACAAGAGGCCCUCGAAGUUGCGAAACUUCUUCGGGCAGCGACCUCCCAGUGAACUUAUUACUAAUCAUCUUACUGAAUAUUUCCCCUUCACCGAAAAGAAAGUUUUGGAACGAACCGCGAGACACAGCAUCCUGAGAUCUGGUCCACUCUUAUCAGAGAGGGACAGUGCUUUAUCUUUCCAUCAACCU